CAAUUAUCUUGGUUUUUCUCCAGAUUCUCACUUCAUCAAUCUACAAUACUAUACACAAAGACAAAUAACACCGUCAUCAUGCUUCCACCAGCUCUCAACAUCCCCAAAUGGCUCGAAACCAACUCUCACCUCCUCCAACCCCCCGUAAACAACUACUGCGUCUACCACCCCUCCUCGCCCGCCACACAAGGGUACACAGUAAUGAUAGUCGGCGGCCCCAACGCCCGAACAGACUACCACAUCAACACGACGCCCGAAUUCUUCUACCAAUAUAAAGGCUCCAUGCUCCUCCGCACCGUCGACGAAUCCACCACUCCGCCCACCUUCCAAGACAUCCCGAUCCACGAGGGAUCGCUGUUCCUGCUACCGGCGAACACGCCGCACUGUCCCGUACGGUUCAAGGAUACGGUGGGCGUGGUGAUGGAGCAGCCGAGGAAGGAAGGGGCGGUGGAUGCCAUGAGGUGGUAUUGUCGUAAUAAGGAUUGCGGAGAGGUGGUGUGGGAGAAGAAGUUUGUGUGUACGGAUUUGGGGACGCAGGUUAAGCAGGUUGUCGAGGAGUUUGCGGGCGAUGAGGAGAAGAGGACGUGUAAGGCUUGUGGGGUUGUUGCGACGUCGAAGUAUGAGGAGGGGGAGGUGGUGCAGCCUUAGUUGUAGGACUUUUCUAGGAGGGGUUGUUUGUUGGGUGUUGUUGUGGUGAAGAGAUACCCUGUUGAUGAUGUAUAUGGAUGGCUGGUUGGAUGUAAUAGUAGUUGUGUAAAAGUGUUUAUUGUCUGCUUUCUAAAUACCAGGGGAUAUCUUGAACGGUUGGGAAUUCUGGUAUCAUGCUAGGUGUUUGCCAAGGCAGUGUAUACGUGGAAAGUGGAUUGUGAUUCGAAUGUAUAAUUAAAGAGGUAUCAGGCACAGUUCUGGAUAGGGG